UUAGUCAUCAGUACCUCACUUUCAUGUUUUGCAUUUUUAUUUUGAUUGGCAAUAAUUGAACCAAUCAGCCUGCUUGGAGUUGCUAUAAAACAGGGAUUCAGAUGAAGUGAUAGGAUCAAACUGCAGCCAUGAGGUCUCUGGUCUUUGUUCUGCUCAUUGGAGCCGCCUUUGCCACGGAAGAGGACAAGAUUGUCGGUGGCUAUGAGUGCACACCUCAUUCUCAGCCCCAUCAAGUGUCUCUGAACUCUGGCUACCACUUCUGUGGAGGCUCCCUGGUCAAUGAGAACUGGGUUGUGUCUGCUGCUCACUGCUACAUGUCACGUAUUGAGGUGCGUAUGGGAGAGCACAACAUUGGAGUCUCUGAGUCCAGCGAGCAGUACAUCAGUGCUUCUCGUAUCAUCCGCCACCCCUACUUCAACCGCUACACUCUUGAGAAUGACAUUAUGCUGCUCAAGCUGAGCAAGCCCGCCACCCUCAACCAGUACGUGCAGCCUGUGGCUCUGCCCACCAGCUGUGCCCCUGCUGGCACCAUGUGCAAAGUCUCUGGCUGGGGCAACACCAUGAGCUCCACUGCUGACAGUAACAAGCUCCAGUGUCUGAACAUCCCCAUCCUGUCUGAUGAGGACUGUAACAAUUCCUACCCCGGCAUGAUUGACAACACCAUGUUCUGUGCUGGAUACCUCGAGGGAGGAAAGGACUCCUGCCAGGGUGACUCUGGUGGUCCCGUCGUGUGCAAUGGUGAGCUGCAGGGUGUUGUGUCCUGGGGCUACGGAUGUGCCGAGAAGGAUCACCCUGGUGUCUACUCCAAGGUCUGUGUGCAGAUUGACUGGCUGCACAACACAAUGGCCAGCUAUUAACUCCACCAUUCAACCUCCACAUCAGACAGACAAACCAACAUUUUCAACUGUUCAAACACCAUAUCUCAUACUGGGGAUGAAAAAGCACAACAAAUAAAGAGUUAUAUAUAUGAA